CUGAUCAUACCUGGAGAGAGUGUUUACCUGACGCGAGCGAAUUUUCGUGAUUUCAAUCCGUUCAUUAACUAUGAAAAGUAGUCGGGAAUGAUAAUAAGAUUUUUGAGACCAAAUUUCGGUGGAAAAACGAGUGGAUUUGAUGAGUGCUCACGAGUUUUGAGGAGUAGAUUGACAAAAUCAUUCGAAAGAAUGGAAAAACGAAAACAAAAUCGAUUCAACGGUUUGACCGAGGAAGAAGUGAAGAAAAACACUCUUCAGGACUACCUAGAACCGGACCUAGACCUAGUCUUCCUGGGAAUAAACCCGAGCCUGAUGGCAGCUCACAAGGGUAGAUAUUACGCAGGUCCGGGGAAUCACUUCUACAAACUUCUGCACGCGUCAGAACUAGUCCCCAGGUUCAUAAAUUUCGAGGAAGACUGCAAUCUCCUUCAGCACAAAAUAGGUCUGACCAAUAUUGUUGAGAGGGCGACACGAUCGUCAGCAGAUUUAACGACAGCAGAAAUCAGGAAGGGAUGUGAUGUCGUCGUGGAGAAGAUGAAACGCUUCAAACCGAAAAUAGCUAUUUUCAAUGGAAAAUGCAUUUAUCAGGUUUUUGGGGAGAAAUUCAGGAAAAAUGAUUUUCAUUUUGGACUGCAGCCUGAGAAGAUUGGAAACACUGCUGUGUGGGUUGUUCCCUCCAGCAGUGCCAGAUGCUCAAACUUUCCCAGAAUGGAAGAUAAACUGCACUUUUAUCGAGCCCUCAAGAGACACCUUAUGUUCUUGAAGGGAGAGAUCACUGAUGUCAAUCUGAAUGAAUUUAUUUUUAAAUGCGAGAGUAAACCAAAAGUUUCGAAAAAUGUUUUUGUUAUUAAAGAGAUUCUUGGGGGCUCGCCGAAGCAUGAGGAUGAAGUAUCGACUUCUGAGACUGUAGGGGCUGAUCAAGAAGGGAGUUCAGGAGAAGAACAUGAAGUGGAGUCAAUCAGAAAUGAGAAAACUGAUGAUUUAGCAUCUCAACCGAAAUUAUGCUCUGGAAAAUCAGAUUUUAUGAACUUGAUAAAACGUAGACUAUCGGAAAAACAGGAAAAUCCUGUUGUCGAUGAGUCAAAUCCUCCGAAAGCUGUGAAAAAAUUGAAAUAUUCAAACCUAAAGUUGAGGAAAAGUUGAAAGAUUUCACAUUUUUUGUCAUCUGAAUGUAUUGUUUAACUAAUUACGCAGUAUUUUGAUGAAUAAAUUAUUUUUGUAUUUA